AGUGCGUUGUUAUGCUAGCAUGAAGUCUCGUUUGAACUAGGAAGGCAAGAAAAGGGAAAAGGGGGGUAAGCUAAGGCCCUCUGAUGAGGAAGUAGUGCGAUGAUAACAUGAAGCUUCUUCUUCUGUGAUUGCGACCUGCAUCUGUUUCCUUGCCCGCGAUGCCGUCCCAGCGCGUCUUCGCUCUGCCGAGGCAACAAUCUCUGCUCCUGCCUGCCGUCAUCAACCCCUUCGUGCAGAACACCAAACUCUCCAACGCCACCAUACUCAAAUGUGUCCUCCAGGGAAUCAUCCUGGUGCCUCUUCGCGCCAUCCUCAUCUCAUUGGUGCUCAUGGUGACAUGGCCAGUGGCUGUCAUCAUCACCUUCAAGCACCCUCUCAAGGGGGCUGUGUCCCCGAUGACGGGAUGGAGGAGGCUCAUGUGUCAGAGUGUAAUGGCCGCCCUGGGUAGAGCCUACUACUUCUGCAUGGGCUUUCGAGUGGUGGUCAAGGGCAAGCAAGUGGGCAGCAGCGAGGCCCCAAUCCUAGCUGUGGCCCCCCACUCCACUUUCUUUGACGGCAUCGUGUGCAUCAUGGCCGGCCUACCCUCCACCGUAUCCCGCAUGGAGAACCUGGCCACGCCCAUCUUCGGCAGGUUUGUACGCUGCCUCCAGCCGGUGCUGGUGUCCAGGAAAGACCCCGACUCGAGGAAGAACACCAUCCAAGAAAUCGACAGCAGGGCUAAAUCAGGAGGCCGCUGGCCACAGGUGUUGAUAUUUCCAGAGGGGACGUGUACAAAUCGCUCAUGUCUCAUCUCAUUCAAACAAGGUGCCUUUAUCCCAGGCGUCCCUGUGCAGCCUGUGCUUUUGAGAUACCCCAACAAACUAGAUACAGUGACGUGGACCUGGCAAGGUUUCAGCUCGAGGACCCUGCUGCUUCUAACACUGUGCCAGCUUUACACCACGGUGGAGAUUGAGUUCUUGCCACCUCACACCCCUACAGAGGAAGAGAGGAAAAGUCCUGCUUUGCUAGCCAGCAGGGUGAGACACAUCAUGGCCCGGGCACUGGGAGUCCCCGUGACAGACCACACGUACGAGGACUGCCGCCUGAUGAUCUCUGCUGGGGAGCUGACACUCCCCAUGGAGGCCGGCUUGGUGGAAUUCACCAAAAUCAGUCGCAAGCUCAACUUGAAGUGGGACAACGUGAGAAAGGAGUUAGACGGUUUCGCCGCCAUGGCCAGCUCAUGUAAAGGAGGACGCAUCACCAUCAAGGAGUUUGCCAGCUUCCUCAAACUCCCCGUCAGCCCCGCCCUACAGGAGCUCUUUGCCCUGUUUGACAGGAACGGCGAUGGCACCAUAGAUUUCAGAGAGUACGUCAUUGGAGUGACCAUCCUGUGUCGACCAGCCAACACUGAAGACGUACUUCGGAUGGCAUUCCGGCUCUUUGACACAGAUGAGGAUGAGAAAAUCACCCGGGAGGAGUUCACAGCGCUGCUACGCUCAGCUCUGGGCGUGUCCGAUAUCAACAUGGUCAAACUUUUUAAAGAAAUUGACGCAGACAACUCUGGUUUCAUCACAUUCAGUGAGUUUCAAGCCUUCGCCAUGACCCACCCGGAGUACGCCAAGCUGUUCACCACCUACCUGGAGCUUCAGCGGUACCAAGCCAUCCAGGAGGCAAGUCCCGGCGAUCUGGAACUGUCCGGUCAGGUCAGUUCAGGAGAUAGCCAGGAAGACAGCAUCUCGGAUAAGAAGGACGACUGACAACCCGAUCCGUGGUCCACUCCGCUCCCCCCUGGUCUGAACCAUGUCUUAGGUCGCUUGCUUGCGUUUUUAUGGACGUUUUUAGACCACUUUUUUUUGUUUGUUUGGUUUCAGUCUCAGUGCCUUAUGGUGCAGACACAAUAACUCCACCUGUCGAAGUUGCAGCUAAGUCACAAAUACUCCUUCUUUUAUAUAUAUAUAUUGCUAUAUCGUGUUGCAGCCUUAUUCUAACAUUUUUGGAAAUAUACAAAUCAAAAAAUAUCUAACACUCUUUUUUUGUCUUAUCGGUACAUUUUUACUGUAUUUUUGGCCAUAAUUUUUGUUGUUACGCCAUUGUACAUGAUUUGUCCGAAGAGGGUUUUUUUCGUGUUACAUUUUAAAAAUUUAAAUGUCUAUACAAUGAUCGUUAAUUUAAUAAAAGCCAAAAAGGACAUAAAAGUAAUUCAUUUUUUUUCCAAAGGGCAAAAAAACUUCUGUUGUUUUUUUAUUUUUUGGAUUAAUCUCUUAAUUAACUUCAGACCUAAAUAAAAAUACCAAACAGGAAAUAUUUGUAUUUAUUAUUUUAACCUUUUAGUGGCCUUUUGAUCAAAUCAUGUCACAAAUUUCAAGUACCGGUUGUACAAAUUUGCAUACGUGAGUUAUUUUACCAAUGUUUCAACCUGUGACAUUAUCUGAUCAAAAGGCCUUCAAAAGAGUAAAAAUUAAAAAGAAUGAAAAUGAAAAAAAAACAUGAGAUGUUUGAUAUUUCUGUUUAUAACUAAGGUUUAUGGAGAUAUGUAAGCAAAAAAAAAAAUCCAAAAUGUAACACCCUUCAAAAACUUAAGAAUUGUAUUGUUAUUGUUCUUACUAUUAUUAUUAUUUACAGUAGUAGUAUGUUCUGUUUUGCUUUAAAGAUACUUAAAAUCAAGAUGGUUAAAAAAAAAAAAAUUAAGCAAAAGGUAGAUUAGAAAAUGGCAAAUUAAAUAAGUUAUAAAGUUACAUUUUAGAAUACUAAAAUAAAAUUAAAUGUUUUACUUUAUUUUUUCAAAUAUGUUUAAAAAAAAAAUUGUGACAUUAUGUACUAACUGACUCAACAGUGCCUCUGCUGGUGGCAGACACGUACUGCACUCUAUUUUGCUUCAAGCCAACAUUAAUCAACUGUCAAUAAAAUUUGACCAUUUAAUCAAUAAUCGCCUCCCAUCCGCUCGUGAGUCCGACUCGACGUAUUGGACAUGAUAUGUAAAGACGCUGAUGUGUCCACAAAGGGCUCGGAGAUGACGCAACAUGUCCACCAAGCUGACAUGAUGGUGACAAGACACAGAUGUUUCUGAAAGAGGCUUCUGCUGCCAUUGAUGUUCUCAAGGACACACAAGCCUCUCCUUGACUCUAAUUCGUACAUCCUCGGGACAACCUUCGACUUUUCCCAGAGCCGCAAAGGCGGGCCUGCCUGAGGGAGACCGCGUUGCAAUUACAGUAGAGCUGAACCUCUUAAUAUGGUCCAUCUGCGAGCCUUCCCAAAACUAAUAAUCUGUUCCAAAGUCAAACUGUGCCCAUCUUUACUGCAGCUUAGCAUACAAGUGUAAAAAGAAGUUAAUAACCCUAUGAUGGUACUUAUGUGUUUUAGGAAGUGAUGCAUGCAACCAGUCCAAUUUAGAUCUACUAAAUGAUAUCUAUGGGCUCAUCACAUUUCCCUCUUUUUUUUUUUUUUUUUU